AUUUUAGGGCAUUUGUGCCUCUCGUUUCUUUCUCUUCUCCCGUAUGUCACUUGUUGUUCUUCGAGAGUUUGUAGAUCGAAAUCAAAAUUUUCUCAUUUUAGGGCAUUUGUGCCUCUCGUUUCUCUCUCUUCUCCCGCAUGUAUCUGAGAGGCGAUUUGGGCCGAUUCACUUCAACCCUUCACUUGUGCUUGCUGUUCUUCGAGAGUUUGUAUAUCCAAAUCAAAAUUUUCUCAUUUUAGGGCAUUUGUGCCUCUCGUUUCUCUCUCUUUUCCCGCAUGUAUCUUAGAGGCGAUUUGGGCCGAUUCACUUCAACCCUUCAGUUGUGCUUGCUGUUCUUCGAGAGUUUGUAGAUCCAACAUUAGUCUGGCUGUCGUACCUCUCUGUUGUCUGAUUUCUCUCUGUUUUCACACAUCUCUUUGACGCGAUUUUGAGGUUUCAACUUCAACCCUUCAAUUCAGUCAUUGUGCGAUCUGUUCCUCAGUUGUGGCUCUCGUACCUCUCUGUUGUCUCAUUUGUCUCUGUUUUCACGCAUCUGUCUAACGCGAUUUUGGGGUUUCAACUUCAACCCUUCAGUUCAGUCGUUGUGCGAGGUAGUUCAAGGCUUUUGUGCAAGUAGGUUUUUGAAGUCGCUGUAGGUAACACCAUUACCAAACCCUAACCCUAAUUACGACUCUAUUUAUUUAUGCGCAAGCAGGUCUUUGUAUGUAUUCUCGAUUCUCAGAUGUAUGUGGGAUUUUUUUUAAUUAUGUUAUUGGUAUUCUCGAUUCUCUGAUGUAUGUGGCAAAUUUUUUUUCCCUUUUUAAAAUCAGAAAUAAAUUUUUUGAAAUUAAAAUUUUAAUUUAAUUAAUUUUCAGAGAUAUGAAAAUCAGAAAUUAGAAACUGGAAACUGGAAAUUGAUGCAACUACGUUCUGUUUUUGAAUUAUUUCCCUUUCAAAACAAUACUAAAUAACACAGUUUGUGAAUCCAGGCACAAUUAGGAUGAAAGUCAAAUUUGUUAAACACAGUUUUUUUGCAAGUUUGUGGGGUUUCAAAGGCACAAUUAUGCAAUUACCAGGAAUAUAUAGUAUAUUUUUUCAUUUCAUGGCAUGUAAAACGAUGUAUGAAAAAUUCAGGACAUUACACAAUCACCCCAGAAAUUAUUUCCGUUUGACUUAGUACAAAGAAGUGCAAGGUUGUCACCACAAUCUCUCUCAAGAUUAGCGGUAGAAGCAUUACACAUUCUCAUUAGUAUAAUUGUACAUGUAGUCCUAGAAAUGCCAUUGGUUUGCCACAUAUCAGCACUAUUAGAGAAAUCAUUAUUAAGGUAUAGAAAAAUAAUAACUGAUGCAACGUACCUUAUGCAAAGAAUACCAUACAUACACAGAAGACAAGUUGGACCGAAGUACCCUUGAAAAUUCAAAUAAGAUUACAAAUAUAACCUUCAAAUAUUUUUAAUUAUUACAAAUGUACUGCUUGUGCAUAUCUUGAAAUGGUUGGAUUUCCAAAAUUUAGGUUGAUAGGGAAAUUUGUAAUUUUGUGAGCCUUUGAUAUAAGUUGCAUAACCUUGAAUCUGAUAAAAUAAAAAAUAAAAAAAUUUGACUAGAGUUUUCAAAAGAUUUGAAAUCAAUUUUUUGGUAUUUUUAAGAGAGUUUUAAGAUUUGAAAUCAUAUACUUUGACAGAUGUAAUAUAAUAAUUCUCUUGUGUGUAAUUUGAAGGUAGAAAAUUUAAGAACAACGUAGGUUUGGAUCGUGAUUACUGUAUUAAUUUCUUGAAAUUAUAAAUUUAAUUGAAUUUUCACUUUAAAUUUAAAAUUAUAUAAACAAUUUACUAAAAUGUUAAAUUUACUUAAUAAUAAUCAGAUGGACAUGAACUAUGACAAUGUUAACCAAUACCCAUCAAGAGACAUUCAUUCUCUUGAUGGUGAGAAUGGUGAGGACGCUGUAGUUAUUGAAUAGGCUGAUGCCGCUGUUUGGUGUGAUGCCCAUCAAGAGAAAUUCAUACUCUUGAUGAAGGAAAAGGUUGGAAAAGGAAAUCGUACAUGCACGACUUUUAAUUCAAUUGGGUGGACACAUAUUGUGGACGCAAUGUUGGUGGAAACUGGAAAGAAGUACACGAAGGACCAAUGUAGACAAAAAUUCAAUACUAUCAGAGCAUUGUACAAAGAUUGCAAACAAAUAUUAUCCGAGACUGGUGUAGGGUACAACAGUGAAACUGUGAUGAUUAAGUUGGAAGUUGAAAGAUGGGUUCGAUUAUGCAAGGUUAGUAUUUCAAUACGUGUCUAUUUACCAUACAUACAGUUAAUAAUUAGUGAUUUAGUAUUAAAAGGGUUUGAUGAAUAAUAAUUGUAAGCUAUAACGUGUAGCUUCUCAAGUAUGGCAAAAAAAAAAAAUACAGGGGUGUAAGAAUUAUGAGCAGAUAGUAAGGAUUUUUGGGGAUACACAUGCUACUGGUCAGCAUGUUCAUCCUUCUACAAAACCACCCAAACCUCAUUAAGUGCAAACAAUGUCUCAAGUGGCAACACAUGAAGCUGUAAUUCAUAACAUUGAGGGUAAUGCGGACAUGACUGAUGUAGAACGACUUAAUGUAAAAGGACCUAUUGACCUCAAUCCUACUCCCAUUUAUGUAGCUAAGAAACCUAGGAAAGAAAGUUUUGCCUCCACAGUGUCUCAAGUGAUGGCAUGUUUAACUAAUAUUGGGAAUGCGAAAGCUAAUAAAAUUGCCAAAGCCAUAACUGAAUCAUCUUCUAGUUGUCAACCAUCUCGUGUUAAUGAAAUGCCUGAAGUGACAUCUCCCAGUAAAAAAGAAAAAGAAAAAGAAAUGGAUCCCCAACUUAAGGAGUGCCUUGGGAUCGUCAACACAUUAGUGGGGAUUGAUGAUACCCAUUAUGCUAAGAUCAUAAAGAUGUUUGGUGAGAACAAGGUGUGGAGGGACAUAUUUCUUUGCAUUCCUGAUGAGAGGAAGGUUGGGUGGGUGAUGAAUCAGCCUAUGUGAUAUGUUCGCUAUCUUACUUUUAUGUACUUUUAGAUGACUGUUUUAUAACUGCUUUUAUAUUUUUGUUGGAUGACUAUAUUUAAUUUUUCUUAUCUACUGCUUUUACAUUACUGUUGGAAGACUGUAUUUAAUUCCUCUAUCUACUGCUUUUAAAUUAAUGUCGGAUGACUAUUUAUGUGCUAUAUCUAUCGCUUUUACAUUUUUGCUGGAUAAUUGUAUGAUUUGGUAUGUCUUUUAUCAUUUUUGUAUUAUUGAUGAAUAACUAUAUUAUUUGCUAUAUAUUUUUUCAUUUUGCUUAUAUCAUGAAGUUGUUUAAUUUUUAUUACAAUAACUACUUCUGUUUAUUCUUAAAUAGGAUAGUAGAUAUGGAUAUAAGAACAAUAUUAACCAUGUAUGAUGAUGAUGAUAAGGAGGAAAUUAUUGUAUUGAUCGCAGCCGUAUAUGAGUACUAUCAUAAACAUUUUGAUAAGCAACGUUGUAGGGAUUCCAUGUUACAAAAGGAAGAUUACGUAUUCGGGAUUUUAAAUGGACAUGAAGAUAAGUGUUAUGAAAAUUUUCGGAUGUACCCUAAUACCUUUAGGGCUUUGUGUCGUGAGCUGAAAUUGUUAGGAUUGAAAGAUUCAACAUUUGUAACAGUAAAAGAACAAGUUGCAAUUUUCCUACUUACCGUGUCUUACAAUGAAAGGAAUCGUGUCGUUGCUGAAAGAUUCCAACACUCUACAUCCACAAUUUUAUAUCACUUUUAUUCUGUGUUAAAGUUAAUUUGUGAGUUAGGGACUAAGAUUAUUGUUCCCCCGGAUUUGAAUGAAAUUCCUAAACAGAUAAAGAACAAUCCAAAGUUUUACCCAUACUUUAAGAAUUGUAUAGGAGCCAUAGAUGGUACUCAUAUCCAUGCUGUAGUGCCAGUUGGACAACAAAUACCCUUUCGUGAUAGAAAGGGUGAUACGACCCAAAAUGUCAUGGCCGUGUGUUCUUUUGAUAUGAAAUUCAUAUACAUUCUAGCAGGGUGGGAAGGGUCUACUAAUGAUUCGAAGAUUUUAAAUGAGUGCAUUCAGAAUGAGGUUUCAAUUUUCCAUCACCACCCGAAGGUAAGAAAAUUACCUUUCUAUAUUUAUGCAUUUAACAUUAAAAAUACAUUAAUUUUAAUCCUUAACAUAACAGGUAAGUUUUAUUUAGUGGACUCUGGGUACGCCAAUCAACCAGGGUUUUUGGCCCCUUUUUGGGGUCAACGUUACCACAUUCAGGAAUAUCGUAGACAUACUAGAAGACCACGUGAUAGAGAAGAGGUGUACAAUUUUAGGCACUCAAGAUUUAGGAAUAUCAUAGAGCGAUGUUUUGGGUUGGUAAAGAUUAAAUUCGCUAUAUUGAAGCAAAUGCCCCCUUGUCACUUUGACACUCUAAGUUCUUAUUGUCAUUGCCUGUUGUACAUUGCAUAAUUUCAUAAGAUCCCAAGGUGAAUAUGAUGAAAUUUUUUAUUGUGAAACCCCUGAAUCUUCACAAAAUGAACCUGAUGUGGAUGACAUUGUUGAGGUCGUCAGUGCUACUAAUACACAGAUGCGACAGAUGGAUAUUUAGCGUGAUCGUAUUGCCAACCUAAUUUGGGAGGACUGUAAUCACUAAUUAUAAUAGUGUGUAAUAGUGUGUAGGAUUUUAAUAUGGAUAACUGUAAUAACUAAUUAUAUUACGUAAAUUAAACUCACAUGCAUACAAUAUGGAUAACUGUAAUAACUAAUUAUAUUAUGACAUCAAAUAUUAAAUGCUUUAGUACUUGCAGGGGGACUUAUGUAUAGGCUUGAAGUUAAGCGACCACAACGUCCAGCUUGGGAGAACUGGCACUACAUUGAAGGACAUGGCAGUAAGUUGUGGGCAGUGGCACCAGUGGGAUUUAUAGGAAGCAUUUUCCAGUUGCUGCAACUCCAGAAAGCUAGUGAUCUCUAAGUUAAACAAAUGGAGGCCUAUGCAAGUAUAAAGAAGUGUGUGUACAUUUUAUGUAAUGAAUUUUAACGAUCUCCAGUUGUGUGUACAUUUUAUGCAAGUAUAAUAAACUGUGUGUGUACACACAUAUUAAUUUUAAGGAAUGUCUAGCUCCCUAUAUGUGAAUGGUACAACAACAAUUUAUUAAUAUGACGAUGAACAAAGCCAAACUUGUGGUUCGCUGUAUUAUUUAUGAUUGAUUAAAAUCCUACAAAAUAUUUUCAAGUA